GCCAACGAUGCUGCAUUCGCUGCUCUCCGAGCAGAUGGCUCCGUGGUCACCUGGGGCUGCCACGAGCAGGGCGGCAACAGUCAGCAGGUGCGACAGCAUCUCCACGGCGUGCGGUGCAUCCAGAAGGGCUACCCCGGCUUCACCGCCAUCAAAGACCAUGGACAGGUGGUGUCCUGGGGCUUCAUCGAUCCUGAUGUGCACCUCCCCGGGCUGGAUCAGGAAGAAGGCUUCUACUUAACCGGACUCUCCGACGUCAAGGAGCUGCGAAUGAUGGGUGACUCAUGGGCCGCGAUAGGCUCUGAUGGGCGCAUCAAGACUUGGGGAUACACCGGCGACCGGCAGAAGCAGUAUCGACUCCACGCACUGCGGGGCGUGAAGCGCAUCAUUCACAACGAAAGCAACGCAUGGGCAGCCAUCACCAACGACGGUUCGGUCGCCACCUGGGGUGAGCCCUGCUCGGGCGGGGACAGCCGAUCGGUGAAGAGGCGUCUGAAGAAGGUGGAGCACAUCCAAACAUCGGGCAGCGCUUUUGCCGCGCUCCGCGCGGAUGGUGGCGUGGUGACUUGGGGAGUCCAAGACCAAGGUGGCAACAGCACAGCCGUGCAGAGGUAUCUGACGAACGUCACGGAGAUCCAGGCAUCCUGUGCGGCUUUCGCUGCGCUGCGAGCGGAUGGGACUGUUGUAACCUGGGGCAAGAAAAAUCAUGGUGGAGACUGCUCUGCUGUUCAGGAGCAGCUCCAUGACGUGACCUGCAUUCAGGCUUCCUUGGGUGCCUUCGCUGCUAUUCGCUCGGAUGGCUCUGUAGUCACGUGGGGUCCUCCAUCUCUCGGCGGCAACAGCUCCCGUGUGAAAGAGCAGCUGGGAAGAUUGAAG